CUAACCUAACCUUCAAAUUUGCAAAUUUUGCAGUUUUCAGAGCAGGAAAAGUGUCAUUUUUAAAUUUAUUUGAAAUAGAUUUUCCAUUAGAAAUUUAUUAAUUAAAAGCAGUUUAACUAAUAAUUUUGAUUGUUCAUAUUAGAAAUAAGUAAUAUUUUUUCGUAUAUAAUUUAAAAAGGCAGUUUAUAGCAGUUUGUUUAUUUUGUGUUUACAAACAUAACCUCAAAAUGUCCUUUUAAAGAUUCUUCAGAUUCUUUUAUAUAAACAAAUAAUCACCAAAUUAUGUAUCAUGCGUCCACAAAAAUUUAUAUUACCAUGUGGUGUGGAAAGUUUCGCAAAUCCGGACAAAAAGGUAAUGAUAGUCUCUGUCUUUGGAAAGUCUCAGUAUCGUGCAAAAGGAUGCAAGACCGGCAUGUUGAGUUCUGUUCUCCAGGUGGACCUUUUGGAUGAACCAACUGUUGAUGAAUCUUUAUUGUGUGAAAUAGAAGGUUAUCACGACGCGAAAGAAAAAACUAUUUAUUUACAUCUCAAAGGAUUUUUAGAUACGACUACAUUAAUUCAAGAGUAUGAUAAAUUUAUAGAGAAACAGGAACGUAAAGAUUUUCUAAGUGCUUGGGCACAUAUGAGAGAUAAAUACGCCAGGGGUUUACUGGUGCUGUUUCAUAUAUCUCACGUUCUUGUUCUAAGUCAUCCCACACCCAUUUUCGACACUAGUUACAUUCAUUUAUUUAGGGCACUAGACAUAAUCAGACAAAAGACAUCAGUACCAUUGUCAGAUGUCUUAAAUUCCAUUCCUGGUUUAUCGAAAGAAUGGAUAUCGAACGUAAGGCCUUGUUCGCCAAGAGUUCUUUUUUAUUUUGAGACAUGUCCAAGUGCUUUUCGUGAUCCGGACAGUGGAGCUAAUAUCAAAGAAAUGGAGCAUUCAUUGGAGGAUCAAAUUUAUUCAAUUUUGAGAAAAAAUCGCAUUGUCACGAAUAACAGUUCGAAUUCAUUGUUCGCUAUACCGGCAAAUCAGGAAUUUGUAUUUAUUCAUACAGGACCAACCGAAUCUCGCGAUAUUUUGGGUUACAUGGCCAAGAAGCUUAUUCAGAGUUGUAAAGUAAGUUCAGGAGGCACCACCUCUAGGAGUCUUGCUAGCCUUGACUCAAAUUUGAUCAACAUCGAGUCCGAUUCUGAGUCUCACACAUUUAGUCAGUUUUUAAAGCAACACAUUAGUCUCGCAUUUGCCAAAGGUUUCGACGAUAAUGUUGGACGACACUCGGCUCCCGCUCAUUUUGAGAUUCCGACUAUUCGCACAUUUUUCGAAAUAACGAAUAAAGUCCACGAUUUCUUCGUGCUAGGCACAAGCAAAGAAUUGACACUCUUGUAUAAUUUACUAGAUACCGAUGUGAAGUUCAGCAAAAGCAGGUGCAAUAAAGUCUUACCGAGAGCUUUGCAAACAUAUCAGGAAAAUCUUCCCCAACAUUACACCAGAGCCUAUCACGAAACGAAACUGGCACACGCGAUAGCUGUUUUUGAAAUGCACGCCCGAGGUCCUUUAUUCGAGGAAUUUAGUGAACAAUUGCAAGAGGAGUGCGAGAAAUACUGGAAAGCUGGUCGACAAAUGUGUGAAGUUCUAUCGCUAACGGGUAAUCCUUGUACAAAUCCAAUUCACAAAGGGGGUAGUGAAGGCGCAGGUGGUGGUGAAUUGGCCGAAUCUCGAGAUGAUAGCGAAUUGCCGAUAAUGAAACACUGCACCGGAGUUCGGUACGUCUGCGCUUGUAAUUGUGGCCGAUGUCAAGGUUCAAGAGAAGAUCCUUUUAAUUUGCGACAAGCCAAUUACGAUUUCUUCCAAAUGUUGACCAAACAAUGUGGAUGCUCACAACUCGAAAGCAUCCAAUUUCCUGUUUUUCAACCCAGUACACAUAAUUUCAGAGCGGCGCAGUUAUUUUCAGCAGCAAACAGAAAAGAUUCCAUAUCUCGUGCCGAAUUAUCCACUCCUCAGGGUCAGACUCAAGUUUGCAGUCUUGGAGUGGAAACACUGAAUGAUAAUAUCACCGCAUAUGGAAGUGGAGGCCAAUCACCACCGACGAGUGAUCCUAUUAACGAAGAAGCACAAAGACUCAGCAGUAAGACAAGUUUAACUCCAAGCGAGAGUCACAAAGUCGUUAUCGAGGUGUCAGAUGAUUCUGAAAACGCAAAAGAAAAAUCGCUGGUAAGGCAACCGUCGACAACGGAGUAUUUACCCGGAAUGCUACACACCGAAUCACCAGCUGGACUUUUACCUCAAUUUUCCAGUUGGUCCCUCGUGUGUCUUGGCCCCAGUAGUCUUUAUUCACAUAAUUUGGGAUUACAACAUCAGGCGGGAAUUUUGUCAAAUUCAGCGUUUCUCCUGCCCUGGGAUGUCACUGUCAGGCUAGAGCAUCAAAAGGAUAAGGGAUCACUCUGGCCAAUGGUGAACGAUCACGGACAGCACGGCUACUGUCCGCGAGGAAAGAAUUUCCAAAAUUUGAAUACAAUACGAGGCCGCAAAUCGAAGGGGGGAAAGGAAUUUGUGGUGAAAAUUUUUGUUGGAGUUGAAUAUGAGUGUCCGAGGGGGCAUAGAUUCAUGGCCUCGGCGCCUGAUAAGGUUCUAAAAGCCACUGGAAAUGGAAUCGUCAAGGACAGUGGGAAUAAAGUUACCUCGAGCACUGCGGACAUGCCGCUUUAUUUUCCAUGUCCUUGCAGAAUGGUGAAACCUUUGAUCGCUCAACUCAUGAGGAUUCACGUUGUGACACCAAAGGCACCUGUGCAUGUUACCUUGAAUCCAAGAGUUCAACCAGGUCCUUCGCCAUGUCCUAUUUUUGUCACCGGAUGCGAGGAACCAAUAAAACUCUCUCAAAGUGCUUACUGGGUCUUGAGAUUGCCUUACGUUUACAUGGGAGAAAAUGGACCUUAUUUAGCACCAGAGGAACCUGUACCAAUAAGUCACGGAAGAUUGCUGGCAGGAAUGUAUGGAAUCAGUGAAGUCGUUGUAGAAAAAAAAUAGAAAAGUAAAUUUUUUCUAAACUUCUUACCAAACAAUCACGAACUGUAUUUAAUUUUGUAAAUACAAAUUAACUAUGUAAUAUAGAAAACAAA